CACCAUAAACCCUAAAACGAAAAGAAACAAAAGGAAUUCCCCUUUUUUUUUUGUAAAACAAACAAAAUCCGAAUCUUUGCCGGAUCAAUACAAUUCCGCCGGACCCAGAUCCGCCAAUGAUCGAGAAUCCGAUCGUCGCCCCACGUCGCGGUCGAGGGCGGCCGCGGAAACAUCCCAAGCCCGACGAUCCCGCCGGGAUCAACGCAGUCAUCGGCAAGAAGCGUCGAUCGUCGUCGAAAUCCGCCGCGAUUUCCAGGGCGGGGGACGAGGAGGGAUCAGCCGUUCGCCGUCGGCCGCCGCCGCCGCAGAAGGGAGGCCGGCGGCGCCUGAUCAUACCGCGAUGGCACAACAAGCGGGCCAGGAGCGCCUCGGACGCCCUCGCCGGAAGCCCCGUCGGGAAAUCGACCCCGACCCAGACCCCGUGCUCGUCUUCUUUUUCCUCCGCCGGCUUCUAUCGGCCGUUCGACGAUGACGGCCGGGGAGAUCCGAACAUCGGUGGCGUCCUGGUUUUCCAGUGCCUGGCGGAUUUCGACAUCCCCGGGCCGAUCCCGGAUUUGGCCGAUCUGAUGAGCGACAUGACCAUUUUUCAGGAUUUCUUCAAUGACAUAGAUGAGUUUAACUAUGGUUAAAUUAAAAGGGUCUUUUUUAUUUGUUCUUCCAUUGUUGUAACCUGUUUGCUGUGUGAUCUGUAAAAUCGAAUAGGGAAAGGGGAUAUCUUUUUUGGACGAAUUGUACAUUAUGAACCCAAUUCAAGUGUGUUCUUGAUUGAUUUUCUCAAUGUCGUGUUAGUCAGACAUUAUAAUACAAGAACCCAGAAUUUAUGUGUGUUCUAGUGAGCAUAAUCAUAUUCGAAAUUAGAAAAUUAUAAUCUGCGUCAAUCACUUUUCGCAGGUGAUGCACAUACGUUCAUCGAUAAGUGUUCAUAAACCGUCACGUAAGUCUUGAAAGAUGUUGCUCUUCGUUUAUAUAAGCAUUUGAAUUUUUUUCUUCUUGCUGUUGAGUUGAAUCAUAAUAUAAUUGCAUGGAGUGUAGUAAAAUUGUAUAAGUUUU